AUGUGUCCCAAAUCCGCUCCUAAUGUCUGUGCCACGGCUGAACGGCGACACGAUAAACGAGUCACCUCUGCCCGCCUCUGUAACGACCAAAAACGACGCCUGGCCCCUACCCAACAGCGAGGGGCACCCCUCGCCAUUGAUACCGAGAUGGACGAUACAGACGGCCUUGAUGCCUCCGGACUAUUUCAUCCCGCUCUCGAUCUCUCGGCCACGGCGAUAGUUGAUGGCGAAUAA